UACUAGACGUAGAGCGUAUAGAAACGGACGUAUAAAAUUGUGAUUAAAAAAAAUUACAAUUACAAUUACAAUUCUAUUAACAAUAGAUGGAAGAUUACUGAAUAAAAUUUGUCGUUUAAUUGAAGUGUUAAAGAAAAAAAUAUCGCUCAAUUUGAUAAUAAGCAAAGGUGGGUGUUUCCAAAAGAACAGCCAAAGUGAAGUGAAAUGAAGAGAAAUAAGAAAAUUACCUUAAGGAUGCUGCCCUUAAGAAUACUUAGAGCCUUCACCAUUUUGUGUUUGGCAAAUGGCGCUAUUGGCUAUAAUAUUCUAUUUAUGGGACCAUUUCCUGCCCCUAGUCACUGGAUGUGGUUGGAGCAUUUCCAAAAAGAUCUGCUGGAACGAGGACAUCACAUAACAUCCGUAAAUAAUCAUCCUACCAAGCAACCUCAUCCCAAUUUAACUGAAAUCAUCAUUGAUCCAAUGUUUGAUAUUCCUCAUUAUCUUCCCGUGGCUAAUAUAUUCACAAUGCUCUUCUCAAGUGAUUUUGACAAUUUGAAAAUGUGGUGGAAUGUGGGAGUGUGGACCAGUGAACAUGCCCUCAAUGAUCGCAAGGUCAAAGCUUUAAUAGCCUCCAAGGAUCAGCAAUUUGAUUUGGUGAUUUUGGAACAAUUUUUCCAUGAAAGUUUUCUGAUGUUUGGCCAUAAGUUCAAAUGCCCGGUGGUGACCAUAGGAACUAUGGGUUAUGCUGAUUAUAUGGAUCACUCAAUGGGCUUGUUGACACCAUGGUCGGUGAUACCCCAUUUGCUUUUGCCCCACACAGAUCAAAUGAGUUUCAAGCAAAGAUUUUACAACAGCUAUUUAUCGCUAUAUGAUGCAGUAAUGCGAAGAUGGUCUUAUAUGCCAAAAAUGCAGGAAAUGGCAGAAAGACAUUUUUCGCAACAUUUGCAAGGUCCUUUGCCGCAUGUCAGAGAUUUGGAGAAAAACAUCUCUUUAAUGCUUAUCAACAGUCAUCGCAGUGUGGAUAUACCGAGGCCCAGUAUGCCGGGUCUUGUAAAUGUGGGAGGGGCACACAUUAAGCCAGCCAAGCCCUUGCCUAAGGAUUUGGAGCACUUCAUUGAAACCUCGUCCAAUGGUGUCAUCUACUUCAGUCUGGGCUCCUAUGUCAAAAGCAUCGAUAUGCCUGCCGAUCGCAUUGGUGUCCUCUUAAAUGCCUUUGGAAAAUUGCCACAAAAUGUUUUGUGGAAAUAUGAAAAUGAUUCUUUGACUAAUCUGCCACCCAAUGUCAUGAUACGCAAAUGGAUGCCACAAAACGAUAUACUGGCCCAUCCCAAUGUUAAGCUGUUCAUUACACAUGGUGGAAUCUUUGGCUCCCAAGAGGGCUUGUAUUGGGCCAAGCCCAUGUUGUGCUUGCCUUUAUAUGGUGAUCAGCAUCGUAACACCAUCAAAUCGGUUAGAGCUGGCUAUGCACGCACUUUGAAUUUGGCCACCAUGACAGCCGAAGAUUUGCAACAAAAUAUUCAAGCUCUGGUCGCGGAUCCUCAAUAUAAACUCAAGGCUAUGGAAAUGUCGCAGCUAUUUAGAGAAAAUCCCUUGCAUCCUUUGGAUGAGGCCUCAUAUUGGAUUGAGUAUGUGGCAAAAUAUAAGGGAGCUCCCUUCCUUAAGUCCCAUGGAGCUUUUAUGCCACUCCAUCAGUAUUUACUGUUGGAUGUUUUGGCAGUGCUGCUGGCAGCCGUGAUUGUGGCCAUAGUAUUGCCAUUGCUUAUACUAAGGGAAUUGAAGAGACUGAUAAGGAAAUUUUCCAAAGAACAAACAAUGACUGAUUCAAAGGAGAAGAAAUUGGAGUAGUAUUGUAACUUUUUUUGUUAGUUAAAUAGAUGCAACUAGUUUAAAU